GGCAAAUGAAAUAGCAUUCCAAAUGAACCGAGCUACUCUCCCUCCUUUACGCUUCUGGAUUCUGUCAGCUCUUAAACCCUCAAAAUGAAGUUCCAUACUAUCUAUAGGCUGCCUCAGCCAAGUUUCUGUGACUGUGAUUAUAUAUGGCUUUGUAGAGUCAGUCUGUACGCAUAGUUUCAACCAAUUAUUGAGCAAGCUUCGGGCAUUAGUGCAAAAGAUCCGAAGCCUAUUUAUCUGGCUUCGUGAUGCACCCAGAGUGGCGUUGGCAUCAUUCUCUGUCAAAGAACCAUAACCCGAAAAUCUACUAUUUUUAGAUCAUUCUCACCAGCGUCUAACAUAGGUUGUAGUUUGUUUUCGGCUUCCCUUCGUUUUAACACGGUCUACUGGCAUCAAGUCUUUACGGAAAAAACUCCUUAACCCUUUAAUUUAUAUCCAUUCUGUAAAAUGAAGUCCCGUUUAUUCGAAGAUUUGAAUACUACUUUAAGCAGUCUGGAUUGAUUAGGCUUCAAGUUCUCUGGGCUACCUAGUUUGUACACCUUUAGCAAGGUGACUCCGCAGAUAUUUUGAGGCAUGAGUUGAUGUAGUAUCUGUUUUAUCAACCCAAAAUUAUGCCAAAAAUGAGUUUUAGGUUCAAAGCUUUCACUUUCCUUGAUUCUAUGAAAAAUAACUGACCUGACACUGAUAAGCUUUCCGUUUUUCGACUACUUUUUUGUGGGGAGGGGAUAGGAUUUUAUUUUAUACCAUUAUGUUGUUUCCUGCUUACAACCUGUACCCAUUCGUCAACUAUGGUUGGAGUAGCAACCAUGUUCGUGCCAAACAUACUGUGGGAUUCCGGCGGGUUAUCAACGAUUUGAAAUCAGGUCGUGUUUACCGCUAGAAACCGAUCGAGCCUUGCGAUGGCUUUCGUGCUGGGUACCGUCUAGAGGAUGUGGGACAGGAAACUUCCUUUUUUGAGUUUUUAAUUAAGACAUACCGCUUUGAAGACAGCCUUUCCUCCCUUGAUCGAUGUGAGUCAGCUAUUUCCGACCUCACUUGAGGUGGCUUCAAAUCAAUUUGUGUGUCGGUAGAGUGAGUGCUGUCCGAUGUGUCCCUACCACGCUUGCCAAAACACUUAUUUGCGGCAUUUAUCAUUGAGAUGGCCUCGGUUAGCAAGUUGUUUGAGCCCAAACUGCACUACUGACAAAGCCAUAUUUAACCGUUUUCACUAAACAGUUUUAUGGCCGCAGGCGUCAAGUUCGUGCAAACUUCGAGAUACCAGCCGUUGUACUCAUCACACUGCAUGCCGCUUUCAACCGUAUAUCAACUGCUCGGACGUCGGUAAUUGCUUUUCUUCCACUGUCGAGUCAUUGAACAGAGGUUGUCCGAAGAAACUAGAUACAAUAGUACCCAGAGACAAAAGUGAUCUAUGAUCAAAAAGGUGAAAAACUGUAAACUGUUAGGACAUAAAAUACUAACAAAUGCAAUAGAAAACAAACUACUUAUAAGUACCGAUAAUAAACGAAAUUAGAAACAAAAACGAUAUUUUUAUCGUAUAAUUUGAAUAAAAUAAAUUCAAUUAAAGUAUGAACAGUAGUCUCGAUACAUAAUAAACGAUCAAUACAAUGAAAUUCACUCAGGAAAAAUUCCACUGUCCUUUUAAAUAGUGCGCCAACGGUCGGACCCAGUUUGAAUUUUUUCUGUCCUGGACGGUUAUGACAGAUAAGCGGCUUCGAACAUUAAAUAUCAACACUAAUGUAGUCAAACGGAUUCUGAAGGAAAAGACUAGGUACGAAGAAGAAGUUGUUAAAUGUACGGAGAUUUAUAACAAUAAGAUUGCCGCACAAGCUGAAGAGCAUGAUAUUAAAAUGGCGAGAGCAAUUUUAGACGAAUCCAAAAUGAUGAUUCCAGACUGCCAAUUCAGACUUGCCAAAGCUAUUAAGGAACUGGAAAGUGCUACUGAAGAGUGUGAAGAAGAAUUCAAAGACACAGAAGAAUUCAAACAGGCGAAAUGCCUAUUGCAAGAAUGCUUGAAUACAAGUUCAUAAAAAUGAGUGUGAUUCAUUGUAUUAUAUAGUGCUGUACAUUAAGAAUAGGGUUACUUCUCAUUCCAAUUCGUUUUAUUAACAAUUUAUGGAAAAGCAAUCAAUUAUUAAGUGUGUUAAAUAUUUUCCUUCUUGUUUUUUUAACUGAAGGGUAGUGGAAAUCAUCCUCUUCCUCUCAACAUGUCUCUCACUCGCUCAACUCCCUACAGAUUGGAAAGACGCUGUGAUCAGUCCUAUGUUUAAAGAUGAUCAGAGACAUAUCGUAACUAACUGCCGGCCUGUCAGUCUAACCAGCAUAUUCGUUAUUCGGGUUAAGUUACUAAGUCACAGAUUCGCACAAUCUGUUAACUCCCGAGCAACAUGGGUUUCGUAACAAGCGUUCAUGCUUGACUAACUUAUUGCGAGAGAGGAUUAGACAGCAGCCCUAGAUAACGGUCUGUCUCAACGUGACACCCAUAGACUUUAGCAAAGCAUUUGACAAUGUUUCACACUUAGGUCUUAUGCAGAAACUCUCGAGCUUCGGAAUAACAAGUGCUGUACAGGAAUGGAUAGGAAACUUCUUAUGUGACCACAGACAGAGAGUGAGGGUCUAUAGGAUGAUAUCCAAAUGGAAGCCAGUCAGAAGUUGUGUACCCCAAGGCACCAUCUUAGGCCCUCUACUUUUCCUUGUCUACGUUAAUGAAUUGCUGCUAUUGCUUAAGUCGUCGACAUUAUUGCUUGCGUAUGAUGUCGAAAUCUGUAGGACAAUAAGAAGUGAGGCUGAUCAUUUCGAUCUCCAAGCUGACUUAGAUGAAUUAGUUAGAUGGGCUCGAGGUUGGGGUUUAGAAGUUAAUUGUAGGAGUAGUGUGCUCAUGCACAUCGGACACGGUAACUUACCAGUAUACUGUAACAGUACAUUUUUUCUGAGUUCAGGAACAUAAAGACUUAUGAGUAAUAAGCAGUCACAACGUGAGGACAACUAUGCAUUGCGGCGCAGCUGCUGUGAAAGUGUUCCGUGGGUUAUGGUCACUUCGCCGAGAAUUCAAAUGCUUUGAUGAUAUGCUUCGAAUUUUAUAUCCCACCUAUGUAAGAGUACUGUAUCCAAACAGCUAGCCCAUGAACUGAUAACAGAUACCAACUCAGUUCAGCGUGUGGAAACAAAAUUGGUGAAGGGUAUCUCUAGACUCCCUUACGAUAAACGCCUAAACCUUCUCUUGUCUUAUCGUAGGACGAGAGGUCGCCUUACACUGGCAUUUCGUCUUGUUUAUUGUGAUUUCGGUGUUAAUCUGAUCUUUUCGCUCCCCCCAGCGCUAAUAAUCUUUGAGGUCAUAGCAAGAAGGUUCAUAAACCGCGAUCUAAUAAACUUAUAGUGGGGCCCCGUUUUUCUCAUCGGGUAAUCAAUGAUUGGAAGACCUUACCCGGACAGGUGGUAUGAGACCCAUCACUGACUAUUUUCGAGGGGAAGCUGGACAUUCACUGGAAGUCAGUGUGUCAGGAUCCGCACAGGUUCACCAACUUGUUACCGAAGACAGGUGUAUGUGCACGCUAAUACACAUUCAGUUAGUUUGUAAAAUAUAAGCAUAUGCCCCAAUACUAAGUACAGAUGCGGAUUUGUGUAGUAAGGACAGAAAGCCUAUGUUAUUCCUAUUCUAGUAUGAUUCUGUGUCCAGUCUUCUCUUGAAUGAAUCAAUUGAAGUUGAGGACAUCACUGCUUCGGAUAACAGGUUCCAAGUAUCGAUGACUCAGUGUGGAAACCUGUAUGCCACUGGUGUUUUGUUCGUUCUUGUUUUUCUACUCUACUGCAAUGUCCCGAUCCAGUGGGAGAAAAAGAGAAUAUGUUAGGUCCAAAAUCAUUUAUCGGUAUUCUGUAUAUCAGAAUUAGAUCUCCCUUUAGUCUGUGAUAGCACAGAGUAAAGAGGUCCAGCUUUUAAAGCCACUCUUGGUGUGGUAAACCGCGUAGUUCUGGAAUUGCACCCAUGUAUUGGUUUGACAUCCGUGUCUUCGAUGGAGUUUACUUCCCGUCAAGAACCAAGUUGCUAGUCGGAUUCCUGUCAAAUGAUUUAUUCCGACCCGUUGUUGUGCCCCUUAUGCUUCAUUUCGUGAUAGGACUCUGUAGCGAUUUUACCAACGGUAGUGAGUGCAACCUGCUUAAAUGGAAACCUAAUAGUAUCCUGCAUAACUGGUAUAAAUUGGAAGAACCGAGAGCCGGCAAUUGAGACCUUUUGGUUCUUCGAUACUACAAUAGCCCAGACUUCGGUGUUGCUCCAGUAAAGUCUAGUGACGUCGCAUAGAUCUCGCUCUAAACUGUGAGUUCCCCACCCUAAUUCAUACUAUGCUUCUUUAGCACUUCUCAAAGUCAAGUCCUCAUAAAAUACUACACAUGCAAUACACCAGUUUACGAUUUCUGCACGGGGGUAUAUUUGUGUAUGAUCACAACUCAGUGAUUCAUGUUCAGAUCCUCGAUAUUUCGCAAUAGUAGGUACAUAUUCUGGAAAUUGUCACCAGGCAUUCUUUGCGGGUUUAUUCGGUCAGCUAUAUGUAUCUGUUCAUAAUAAAAGAUUGACGACAUUGGAUUCGUAAACUCGUAAAUAGCGAGCGAUUUCUAAUAGUUUCCAGAUAAAAAACAGCUAUGUGGGCCUAUAUGCGUUCUAUACACUUGUACAAAGUAAAUACUUAGGUUUGUAGAUUAUAGUUGUAAUCACUUUCUCGACCUUAAGGAGGCAUUUGACUCAGUUGAUCGUAAGGUUCUAUGGCAGUGUUUGUCACUGAAAGAAGUACAUUGACCUUAUACAGGAUCUCUACUCGAACAGGAGUGGCCGAGUGGGAACUUAUGGCGAACCGUCGUCAGAAUUGCUUACCUCGAGUGGUGUUCGUCGAGGCUGUUUACUGUCUCCAUUCUUGUCUAAUUUUGGCAUUGACGUGCUUUUAGAGAUAACAGUUUCCUCAUCUAAAUUUCCAGGUGUUGAACUUCUGCUGGGAGAUUCACUUGUUGACUUAGAAUAUGCCGAUGACAUAGUUUUAUUUGGUGAAGACGCUGACAAAAUGCAGAGAUUUCUGACCAACAUAAGCAACUUAUUCACCACAGAACUGUCAGUUACCAUGGCAAGAAACUUCCUAAAAUAAUUAGGAGAUGCACUUAGGUUACUCACGUGCAACUGUAGCGUGUGUUGAACCUUGGUAUGCUGAAAUGAGACGUCAAUCACUUCAACAUCUAUGUCUCACGUAAAUAAUGAGUUUCAUGGCACACCAAUAUUCAGCCUUCUUUAGUAUCUUUAAUUGGAUUAGAAAUAAACCAUUUCUUGAUAUCUCUGUAGCUCUCGACCUAGGUGCAUAUUUCGGAGCUGACUGUUGUGUAAUGUCAUCCUAGGACGUGAUUAUAUUGUCUGUAUUGAAAAUGGGGAAUACGAUUGUGAAACUCCUAUUAUAUACAACAGUUCCUAUUAGAAGUCAUAUUAAGGUAUAAGGUGAGUCCUUGCAUAUGCAGAAUAAUGGUUACGGUCACUACUUGCUUACACCUUUCACUCGUCGAGUAGCAUAAGCCGUCCAUCAAGAAUCUCCAUAGAACUGUGUACUGAGUAGUCCUUCCCAGUUAUUUUCAACUGCUAUUAAUUUCUGAUGUGUCUUUAGUUCCCGAAACCAUGUUUUCAUUGGUCUCUCUUCUCUCCUUUUCCCUUUAGGAUACCAAGUUAGCACUAGCAUCGCAAUGCAGUUUGACCACGAGUCCCUAACCAAGGAUUUCGAGGACCACGUUAUAGUCCUGUGUGUAUGUGAGUAAAUGUGGUGGUAUUCGUCUGCUAAAGCCACUCUGGGAUACGUAGAUUCGAUAAGUCAUACUUAGUAUUGAAGCGAUUUCAACUAACAGCAUUUCUUGUUAAGCGAACAAUUGUUUUCAAUUAGAUCGUCAUCAGGCUUUACUCUAAUAUACAUGAAUAUUUAUACGAAAAUUUUUAAACUAAUCAAGGCAAUAUGAGUCAAUAAUCACAAUGAAAUAGAAUAAGUCACUACACAUAAUAGGUAAAAGUACAAGUUGAUAGUACGAAAACAGGUGAACAGAUAGUGGUAAGAAUAAUAAACUACAAUAACAAAGCUCUUAUCAAUAGUUAAUCGUUGGAAAUAGAAGGUCAAAUAAACAUGGUUAAAUAGACUAGGAAUAGUAAUCAAAAAACAUUCAUUAAGAAAUACAUGCAGGAUAUAAUAAAGAAGUCGGAGAUUUCGACUGUUCGUAAGAAACCUUUAUACAUGAAAGUGCAAUUCAACGGGGAUGUGGCUAGUGACACUCUGAAAUAUAGGUUAACCAAAGUAAUCACCAAGACAUUCUACGCAGCCAAUCUUGCGUUGACCUUCUCUUGUCGACCAGCGAUGUCUACUCAAACGAAGGAUAAGUUACCUGAGUUGGCCUCUUCCAUGUGCAUUUACAAAUUCAGCUGCUCCUGUGGACAUAGCUAUAUAGGGCGUACUACCAGGCAACUUAACCAACGAAUGAGUGAACAUCUACCAACUUGGUACAUAAAGGGUCAGAGAAAAACUAUUCGCAGUUCUAUACUAGCACAUCUUAUUGAUAGCGGUCAUGCAGUAGAUAAAUUGAAAUCAUUUCGAGUUAUCUAUCGUAUACCUCCAUCAUUUCCCGACGGAGUCCGUUCCCGUCUCCUAUAUAUAGCUGAAGCCAUUAGAAUUCGUACAUAUAACCCCAAUCUAUGUGUACAGAAGAAAUACGUGACUCCCCUAUCCCUUCCAUGGCCAGUUAUAACUUAACUAGCAAUUUUUAUUUUAUUUUUUAUUUUAAAUUUUAGUAUUAUCAUUAUUUAUUUAUUUUAUUCUAUCUGUGUUAUUGUUAACCUUAUUUCCACAUCCAUUAUUUGUUUGUCAUUAUCCGCCUCUUUGUAUUCUUCACUAUCUAAUUAUUUACACACAUCUUAUUACGUAAUGAUUUUUAAUGUUUUGUGAUUACUAUUCCUAGUCUGUUUACCCAUGUUUAUUUGACCUUCUAUUUCCAACGAUUAACUAUUGAUAAGAGCUUUGUUAUUGUAGUUUAUUAUUCUUACCACUAUCUGUUCACCUGUUUUCGUACUAUCAACUUGUACUUUUACCUAUUAUGUAUAGUGGUAAGAAUAAUAAACUACAAUAACAAAGCUCUUAUCAAUAGUUAAUCGUUGGAAAUAGAAGGUCAAAUAAACAUGGGUAAACAGACUAGGAAUAGUAAUCACAAAACAUUAAAAAUCAUUACGUAAUAAGAUGUGUGUAAAUAAUUAGAUAGUGAAGAAUACAAAGAGGCGGAUAAUGACAAACAAAUAAUGGAUGUGGAAAUAAGGUUAACAAUAACACAGAAUAAAAUAAAUAAAUAAUGAUAAUAAUAAAAUUUAAAAUAAAAAUUGUUAGUUAAGUUAUAACUGGCCAUGGAAGGGAUAGGGGAGUCACGUAUUUCUUCUGUACACAUAGAUUGGGGUUAUAUGUACGAAUUCUAAUGGCUUCAGCUAUAUAUAGGAGACGGGAACGGACUCCGUCGGGAAAUGAUGGAGGUAUACGAUAGAUAACUCGAAAUGAUUUCAAUUUAUCUACUGCAUGACCGCUAUCAAUAAGAUGUGCUAGUAUAGAACUGCGAAUAGUUUUUCUCUGACCCUUUAUGUACCAAGUUGGUAGAUGUUCACUCAUUCGUUGGUUAAGUUGCCUGGUAGUACGCCCUAUAUAGCUAUGUCCACAGGAGCAGCUGAAUUUGUAAAUGCACAUGGAAGAGGCCAACUCAGGUAACUUAUCCUUCGUUUGAGUAGACAUCGCUGGUCGACAAGAGAAGGUCAACGCAAGAUUGGCUGCGUAGAAUGUCUUGGUGAUUACUUUGGUUAACCUAUAUUUCAGAGUGUCACUAGCCACAUCCCCGUUGAAUUGCACUUUCAUGUAUAAAGGUUUCUUACGAACAGUCGAAAUCUCCGACUUCUUUAUUAUAUCCUGCAUGUAUUUCUUAAUGAACGCGCUGGGGUAGCCGAUCUCGGUCAGUGAGUUGUUGAGAAAUUCAAGCUCCUGACUUAGAGUGUCUACUGUACAGAUCCUUUUUGCUCUGCUCGUGAGACAUCUGACCAAAUUUCUCUUGUAACGGAUGGGUGUGAAACUGCAGAAGUGAGUAUAUUGUUAUUGUAGUUUAUUAUUCUUACCACUAUCUGUUCACCUGUUUUCGUACUAUCAACUUGUACUUUUACCUAUUAUGUGUAGUGACUUAUUCUAUUUCAUUGUGAUUAUUGACUCAUAUUGCCUUGAUUGGUUUAAAAAUUUUCGUAUAAAUAUUCAUG